UGAUAUGGCUUCUUUCCUUCUCCUUCUCUUCUUCCAUCCCGUAAGCACCCGUCACAUGAAAUACACUGCAGAUCUAAAAUGGGCCUAGAUCUCCUGCCCUUCCUUGUCCACCUUCCUUGUCCAUCCAACAUGUUUCUCGAGGUUCAGCUUGUGCUGCCCCAUUCACGUACCUCGCAACCCACAAGUGGUCCUUCUUCCCUUGUGUUUCACUGACCCGACAUAAACGAUAUAAAGUUUUCGGCCGCACUCUCGUCUGUAUAUCUCCCCUCUCCUUUACUGGGCUGUGGGUGUGACCUUUGGAUCCUGUCGUCCCCCUUCUUGUGUCUCCAGCGCCGAUCACUGAGCCGCUCAGUCUUUGUUGAAGGAACCGGGACAUGACCAUUGCCGUCCAGCCCAGAACACGGCAGGACACGUGUUCCUCCAGACCUCCAGGGGGCGUCGUAGCAGUCGCCAACUGUUUCCCUGCUCUAGACUUCUCUGGGCCAGCUCCCAGAAUCACACGCUCGGGGCUGCGGCCCCUCCCUGGCAACAUGUUGCCUUCCUAUUGGACAAGGGCGGUCAGAGUCACCCAAUGAAACGAAGCGUUGGUGGGAGGAGGCGCCACCAUCUUUGGGCUGCUGGGCGCUGUGUCGGGUGGAGGUGGUGGUAGUGGCGGUGGUGGGAGCUAGGUGCCUAGCGUAGUAGGUGGGCCGGGUUGCGCCGGCUCUGGUCCCGACCUUGCCUCCUUCUCCCAUUGCGCCGCGGGGCCCACGAUGCCGCAGUACCAGACCUGGGAGGAGUUCAGUCGCGCGGCCGAGAAACUUUACCUCGCCGACCCUAUGAAGGCACGUGUGGUUCUCAAAUAUAGACAUGCUGAUGGGAGUUUGUGUAUGAAAGUAACAGAUGAUUUAGUUUGUUUGGUGUAUAGAACAGACCAAGCUCAAGAUGUAAAGAAGAUUGAGAAAUUCCACAGUCAACUAAUGCGACUUAUGGUAGCCAAGGAAUCCCGCAGUGUUGCCAUGGAAACAGACUGAAGGGUUUGAAAUGAAGACUGUUUGCCAUGUUCUUAGAAGUAAAUGUCUUUUGACUUUGAGACCGAAAAUACUUUAUGUAACUAAGGGGGUUAUUCAGAAGACCUGAGAUCAUUUUUUUGUACUUUUUUUUUUGUUUGUUUUUGUUUUCUUCUCUUUUUCUUUUUGUACUUUUUUAAAAGUGUUUACUUUAGAGAGCUAGGAAUGUAAAUGCUUUCAGUUAGAAAGCCUUUAUUUUUGGAAAUUGAACAAGAAAUACAUCUAUCUCGGAAACUUUGCAGAUUAUUUGAUGCAAGGCAAAAUAUAUUAUUAUUUCUUUUGGUAAAUUUGUAUCAGUAAUUGAAAUUGAGAUGUCAAGAAAAGCAUAUUCUUCCUUAAAUUUAGUAUAUCCAUCUUUAAAAAACAUUAAAUAUAACCAAUUUUGCUGGAUUAAUAGAUUUCUUUUAGAGCAUACAAUUUGUGCUGUUGAUGACCACCAAAUAUAUAAUAACUAGAAUUAACUGUACAGCAGUAUACUGAUAAUGUACAGUAGUGUCUCGAUUGUACCCCAAAGUAAUUAGGAAAACCUAUGCUUUACCUUAAACUUUCCAAAUUUAAACAAUAUUUUUGAAUAUAAAGGAUUCAUAGUAUUAUCUUGUUGAGCAGACUUACUUUGAAUCUAGUUUUCAGUGCCCAAAACACCGAACAGUUCCUUUAAAUGCACGAAGAGAACGAUCACUGAUGGACUGAAAGCACCAUAUUACAGAAAUAUUUGCCAUAUAUUUCCAGUUUCUCAGAAGGGCUAUGGAUUAUGUAAACUGUUAAACCUUUGCAUACCUCUCACCUCCCUGCUCAUUUCGCUCUUUGCUUAACCAAAGUGUUAAAGCAUGACUGGUACAACUUAAUAUUUUCCAUUAAACCAAAAGUAUGAUAUUAUUUGAUAUUUAGCUUAUAUUUGUAACCUGAAUGUAAUGUUCACAUGUUGAUUUGUACAUUAAAAUAUUUUUUGUUAGGAAUUUGUCAUGUUGAGCAACAUUUUAAGAUGGAAAGUUCCAUUAGCUGUUACAAAUUUUGACAUGUUUCAGAGAGGUCAGUAAAUAAAAUGUUAUGUGACUAUAUAUUGUUUCUCUUAAAGUUUUUGACUUCUCAAGAAUUACUGAUUUCUUGACCGGGUUUACUGUAUUCAUGUAAUCGAAACUGAGCAAGUAAAUUUUGUUUGUUUUGUUUCUUGGUGCUUUAGUUACAUGACUUUCUCUGAGCUGUAUGUUGUUAGCAAGAUUCUUGAUUAAGGAAAAUAACAUCAAAUAGUGUAAGAUUUUUUAAGUUUGGGGUUUUUCCCCUCCAGAAUUAGUGGGGUCACUGGAGUUUUUUGUUCUUUCUCAUUUACAUCUUCCACUUUUAACACUACUUUGUAAAGAUAAUCAGAAAGGGAUGGACUCAUAUUUGGGUUCUUGGAGUCCUUUGUAGCUUAUAGCAGAGUGGAUACGAGCAGAGGUUCUGAGGCAGACGCCCUAGGUUGUAGUCUUGACUCCACAACGCCUGCCUCUGUGGUCUUAGACAAGAUCCUUUCUAAACCUCUAUUUUCUUCUGGAAAGUGAGUUAACAAUAGUACUCUUAGGACUUUAUGAGGAUUAAAUGGCAUGAUCCAUUUUAAGCCGUUAGCACAGUGCCUGGAACGUAGUAAAGCUCAAUAAAUGGUUGCUAUUCCUACUAUUAUUAUGACUUGUUUUUCAGGGGGAAGGGUGUAAGUAGCUACAGCUGUUAAGUUUUCUCAUAAUUUUAAUUGAAUGAUUAUUUAUUGGUAAUGUCUGCCUUUUCUGCCACGCUGUGUCUAUUAUUACAUGCCAUUUUUGGCAGCUGGGAUAUACAAGAUCGUCCUCGUUGACAGUGUUCUUGCGUGUUUUGCGGGGGGGGUGGGGGACUAAAAUCCUUAAAUCUAAAACUUGUAUUUUUUUGUGUCUGCAAAAAAUAAAAUUACUGAGAGAACUAGUUGGUGUUAAAAGUAUUGAAUCUCUUAAAGACCAUGUAAAUAAUAAAGUACCAAAUCAUAAUAUAUUCU